AAAAAGUAAUGUUACUGUUCUGGGUGUGUGGUACACAUCUGUUAUCCUAGCACUUGGGAGGCUGAGAUAGGAGGAGUCACAAGUUCCAGGCCAGCCUGGGCUGCACAGCAAGAAAGAACCUGCUUCAACAUAAAACAAACUAAAGCAGUGAUGUUAUUUACAAUACAUAAAUUUCAGUUCAAUUUUUUUAAAGAGCCAAUGGAUUAGACUGUACAAGCCCACAGUUAGUAGGACAGGAGCGAGAAUGUGACUAAUGGUGCAUGGUACCUGGGCUGGAGCUCUUGGAUGAGCCUCCAGAUUCAGCAUGCUCAACCUUAUAGAGCCCUCAGCCUCCUGGGACUCCUGUAGCUCACCCAGCUCGGCCAAAGCUGACGGAUGGUGCUCUGCUCCGAUCUCUGUCUCCACAGUCGAAGCCUUGUCGAGGAUGGAGCCUACCCUGGGCCUUGUGGAACAGCAUGGGCAUAAGAAGGCCAAGAGCCCAGAGCGUGAGCCGGUGCCGUGGCAAGCCUUCCCAGUCCUGUCUGAGCAGCAGUCUGGGGAUGUGGAGCUGGUGCUGGCCUACGCUGCCCCUGUCCUUGACAAGCGCCAGACUUCACGCCUCCUCAAAGAGGUGUCAGCUGUCUAUCCGCUACCUGCCCAGCCUCACCUCAAGCGGGUGCGGCCCAACCAUGAUGUCAGCAGUCCCCAUGCCCUGGAAAUGCUGCUAUGCCUGGCAGGGCCAGCUGCAGGCAUGUGCUCACUGACUGAGCUCCUUCCGAGGCCUGCAGUGGACCCUCAUGGCCUGGGGCCACCCUUCCUGGUGCCUGUGCCUGCCCGGCCACCCCUAACCAGGAGCCAGUUUGAGAAAGCUCGGACCCACUGGCCCACGUCCUUCCAUGAGGACAAGCAGGUGACCACUGCCCUGUCUGGGCAGCUCUUCUCAACACAGGAGCGGGCUGUGAUGCAGAGCCACAUGGAGCGAGCUGUGCAGGCAGCCCAGCGCGCAGCAGCUAAGGGCCUGCGGGCUGUGGGUGCUGUUGUGGUAGAUCCGACCUCAGGCCAUGUGCUGGCCACAGGCCAUGACUGCAGCCAUGUGGCCAGCCCCCUGCUGCAUGCUGUCAUGGUGUGCAUUGACCUUGUGGCCCAGAGCCAGGGCCGUGGCACCUAUGACUUCAGGCCCCAUCCAGCCUGCUCCUUCACCCUGGUCACUGGUCCCCAGGGUGCUCGAGCUGGCAGUGUGCGCAAGCUGGAUGAGGACGAGGAUGGCUUGCCCUAUGUGUGCACCGGCUAUGACCUCUACAUCACCCGUGAGCCCUGUGCCAUGUGUGCCAUGGCCCUCGUGCAUUCCCGCAUCCAGCGGGUCUUCUAUGGGGCACCCUCUCCUGAUGGUGCCCUGGGCACACGCUUCCGCAUCCAUGCCCGGCCCGACCUCAACCACCGUUUCCAGUGUUCCGUGGUGUCCUUGAGGAUCAGUGCCACCAGCUAG